CUGACGAAAUACAACAAAGGAAGAAAAGACUCGUACGUGAACUAUUCGAACGCGUUGUCGUUCAAACGUUAUCUAAAGGUUUAAUGUCUUAAAUACUAGAUCUGUAUGUCUAUAUUUUCCAGGUAGCUGUCUAGGUCGGUCUAGAGUGUGGUUCAUUCAUACUAAUCGUCUGUUUGUUUGCCAACGAUGUCUGGCUAAUGGGUUAGCAUAUCGGCUAACGAUUCAAACGAUGAAUGAAUGGUAUACAACCUUUGCGUUUUCCGGCUCUUCAGUCCUAUAAGCUCGUUUUAAAAGACUAUUCGGUGGUUCUGCUCAGUUUCGGAACACAUUAACUGGGUUGCUACAGACGUGAGACCAGGAAGUUUCCAGGGAAGAGAUGGAAGCACCUCCUGUCACCGUGAUGCCAGUCACCGGCGGAACCAUCAAUAUGAUGGAAUAUCUCUUGCAAGGCAGUGUUUUUGAUCAGGCUUUGGAGAGUCUUCUGCAUCGACUUCGAGGUCUUUGUGACAACAUGGAACCUGAGACCUUUACAGACCACGAGCUGGUUUACCUUCUGAAAGGUCAACAAGGGAAUCCUUUCAUUUUACGUGCGCGGCGCUCCAUUUCCCAUCCGACCGCUCCGUGGCACCUGCGCUACCUGGGCCAACCUGAAGUCGGGGACAAGAGUCGCCAUGCCCUGGUGCGAAACUGUGUUGACGUGGCUGCCUCCCACAGCCUUCCCGAUUUCCUCAAUGAGAUGGGCUUCCGGAUGGAUCACGAGUUUGUGGCAAGUGGGCAUAUAUUCCGCAAAGGCGCCAUGAAAAUCGUUGUGAGUAAGCUUUCCCGCAUCUUAGUGCCGGGGAACACGGAGAACAUUGAACGACUCUCACUUUCAUACUUGGUGGAGUUGAGUGUGCUGGCUCCUGCCGGCCAGGACAACGUUUCCGAGGACAUGCGCAGCUUUGCAGAGCAGCUGAAGCCUCUGGUCCAUCUGGAGAAGAUUGAUCCCAGCAAGCAGAGACAUUAGCUGAGUAUGAGAACUCAAGUAGCCAUGGAAAUAGUGACUGUGUAGUCAAAGCCUUGCUCUUUUUGUAAUUAAAUUCUGGAAAGAUU